AUGAGAAUUAUUGCUAUAACUGGAAACACCGGAACUGGAAAAACGACUUUUUUAAACAUCUUGAGAGGGCAAGGUUAUGGGACUGUCAACUGUGACAGGAUAGUCCAUAAGAUGCUGAAGAGCGAAGACAGGAAGACUAUAUCUCAGAAGUUCUUUACCGACCCGGGCUUCAAGGAAGCUCACGAAAAAAGAAUAAGGCCAAAGAUAUACAUAGAGACAAUGAAAAAUAUAAUUUAUUUGCUGUUGGCAGGCCAUGGAGUCAUAUUUGUCGAGAUUCCAUUGUUGUUUGAGUUAAAUCUUCACCGUUAUUUUUACACAAUAGUGAUUGCAUGUGAUGAAGAACUCCAGAUAGAAAGGGGAAGAACAUUAAAGUAUCUGAAAGAGCGGUUGGCCCUACAGCUCCCCAUAGAAAAAAAAAUCGAGCUCGCCCAGGAGGUUAUACACAACAAUGGAGAUAUUGGAGAUCUAAUAGAAAGAGCCAGAGAUCUCGAUCUUCGCGGAUCUAGCAUUUAUUGUUGUUUGUUAAUUAUAUCAACUGUAAUUUUUCUAAUAGUUUGUGAGUAG